GUGUGCCAGCGAUGCAGGAUAUCGUCAAGUUCGUCAGAGAGCCGGCGGCCUGCAACGCGAGUGCUGCUGCCGAGUACAUUCUAGUUCUAUCGUCGCUCGGGACGCAGGGAGAAGAGACAGACACUCGUGUACCGUAGCCUCUAUCACAAGUUUGCGCCGCAUCGGGAGCGUUUUUAAAUCGAACACCGAGCUCGCGCUACAUCCUCUCUUCAAUCGUCCCUCGAUACCGCGUUCAGUGUACGAUUAUCUCCUUUGCGUCACGUCCUUUUACAAGGAAACAUCGCCUCUCUCAAUCACACACACACACACACUCUCUCUUGUCGUUCUCCCUCUGUCCCUCAAUUAUCGCCCCUCCUUCCUCUGUCUCUCUCUCCGUCUCCGUCUCUCUCGCAUUCUCCGAACCUCUUUUUUUUCUCUCUCUCGCCCACUCUGUCCACCCACCCCCCUCUCUCCCCCUUUCUUUCUCUCGUAGACGCGCACAUACGAAGACAUAACGCAUACGGGCGCAGAGGGGCGCGCGCGCGCGCUCGUUCUCCCUGUCUCUCUCUCUCUCACACACACACUCUCUCUCUCACUCUCUCUCUCUCUCUCUCUCCCCUUUUCUCCCGUGGUCUCUCGCUCCGUCUGCACGCGCCACGAUACACGAAAGGGGCAAGACAUUUUGUUCUCGGCCGCGGGUUCGCACGCUGCCCGCCGGAACCAGAGACCAGUCAUCUGGGAUAUACGAGGCGUCGGGAGACUGGGAGCCGAGCAACUGGGCAGACGGACCACGUAAAAAGCGAUGAGUGCCACGGAUCCUACCGGUGAAGGAGGAGGAGGAGGAGGAGUGGGCGACGGGGGAGGCGGAGCCGACGAGACGACCACGAUAUCGCCGUCGAAUGUCGAACAGAACAUGUCGCCGGUCACCCCGGUGACCGGCAGUGUAGUGCCGCCCGGCUCGCAGCAGCAGCAUCCGCCGCCGUCGCCUUUGAGCGGCUGCUACCUCCUCGUCGUGCUUCCAGAGCCACACACCGCGGCACACAAAGACCUGAUCCUGAACCGUCUCUCGAAAGGAUUCCUGUCGUGGGACAAGGACAGCUGUCACGUGGACUUGGAGAAGGAACUGCUGGCCCUGGUGGCGCAGGCACCCGAGGGCGAAGAAGCUCGGAACGGCGAACGACUGAUCCAAUACGCUACCGAGAAUCUUGUCACGGAAGUUCUCAUUCACCCGCAAACGAACACGUUGCUGCAAUGCAUUCGUAAUCUGCUCGCCAGUUUCACGAAGCAUCGGCACAUCAUACACGCUGGCUACACGUUCGGCGGAAACGGUUCCUGGAUACUGCAAGAUGGAACCUUCAGCAUCGCCGAUUUUCUCGACGCGUUCAGCGAGCACGAGGUGCAACGGGUUCUGCGCGCCUACGAGAACAGCGUCACGGUCGACAUACAUUGCGCGGGUGUCGGCGACUGGACGACGAAUCGCUUGUCCAAAGAAGCUUGCACCAGAUCCUGCAGGGUCAGGGUGAACCCGGACGACGUGCUCACCGCCGGUGUGCCGGCGAUCGCCAGUUUCAUCAACUACGUGGGACAGUACCUGGUCCCGCAGACGCUGGACCAGCUGAUGGAGCCGUCCGACGUCGUCGGCAACAUUAGGUUUAGCCAUCCAACUUUAUACGUCUUCCCCGGCGGACAGGGUGACGCCGCUCUGUUCGGCAUCAACGGUUUCAACAUGCUCGUGGACGGAGGCUUCGCCAGGAAGGCGUGCUUCUGGGACUUCACCAGGCACCUGGACCGGCUCGACGCGGUCCUCGUCACUAGGAUAAACAACAGCAAUGUCGGCGGCAUGUUCAGCGUUCUACGGAAGAAGAAGGACAUGCAAGUCUAUCCACAGAUAGGACAUUUCUUCUGCAACCUAAUCGAGAGAAGACAGUCGAAUUCACCGGACGGAGAUAAAGACGUAGACCCUUUGAUCCUGAAUCUGACGGACAUCGGCCAGGAGAUGGUGAUCAAUCUGCGUCACAUCAGCCUACGCUCGCAUCAGUGCUACAGAGAUCCAGACCCGAUCAACCUAUACCACAAAGUUGGCCACGGCACGCUGGACAUGUACGUGCUCAGCCCGACCAAGGACAGUCGGGAGGUCAGGGAGUUCCUGGCUAAAUGGCACGCGGCCGACUCGAAGCUGUUCGCAGGUUCUCACAAGAAGGACUCGAACAACCUGACGUUCCCGAUACAGAAUCUCGUCUCGAUAUGCGCGCUGCUCGUGUGGCAGCCGGCGAAUCCCGAGGACACGAUCACAAGGAUCCUGUUCCCGGGCAGCACGCCCCAGCACAAGAUCUUCGAAGGCUUCGAGCGGCUGAAGCACCUGGAGUUCCUGAAGCACCCGGUCUGCUCGGCGAAGAGCCUGUCGCCGUCCACGUCGUUGGCCACAUUACGCGACAAGCCGGUCAAGCAGAAGCUGGGCUUGCUGGAGAAGGAGUCAGCGAGGCGGACGAUAGACACGAAGCGGCACGAGAAGAAGGAGAAGGAGCGGGAGAAGGAGAAGGAGAAGGACACAACGACGACCGAGCCCAGAGCGGUGAAGGCGGACGACGCGCAACCGAAGGGCACCCCGAUCAUCUCGACGAAGCCGGCGAAGAUCGAGGCGAAGCCGAGGAAGGUGCUGGACAACAAGAAGGAGGCGGAGGUGAAGGAGAGCCGGAAGAUCGAGAAGGAGCUGCGAGAGGCGAAGAAGGAGGCGCCGGCGGUGAAGAAGGUGGAGAAGCCAGCGCCGCCGGAGGACAAAUUCGAGAAGCAAGAAGACGUCACAACGAAACCGGAAGCGGACAAGCUGAUCGUGCCGCCGAAAGAACCGAAACCAAAGAAGAAGGAAGCUGCGAAGGGGGUCGGCGUGAAGAAGGUGGACGCGGGGAAGCCGAAGACGGUGGAGAAGCGAGUGAAACAGACGACGACCGCCGCGGAGAGGAAAGACGGGACGGUGAAGUCGUCGCCGACGACGCCGAAGAAGAGCGUGAACGGCGUCGCCAGCAGGCCGGAGAUAACGCGAGCCGGCGUGCCGAAGGCGAGGGCGGCGGCACCCAAGGCUGCAGCCGCGCCGCCGGCGAAGAGCGCGAAGGACGCGAACAACCGAAAGGUCGUGGAGCAGAAGAAGAUCGAGAGGUCAGCGAUCAAGGAAGCAGCAAAAGAGACCCCGGGGAUGACGGCGGUCGCUGCGGUGGCCGUCGCAGCCACCAGAGUAGCGGCUGCGAAACCGAAGCCGAUGGACAGACGGCCGAUCGGCCGCCGCGGCAAGCCGGUCAGCCCGAGCAAGGUCAGAGUUCCCGGCAGUCCGGCGAAGUCGACGCGCAGCACGCCGACCACUUCGGUCAAGUCCGACAAGGACGGAGUGAUCCGGAAGCCGAAGGCGGGAGACAAAGGCACCACAGACUCGUCGACGGUGUCGACGCCGUCCGGGAUCGAAGCGGAAACCGCGGCCGCGGCCGCCGCGGCAGCGCGGCUCGCCGAGAAGAGCCUGAUCGAGAAGUCCGAGGACAUCUCGCUGGACUCGAUCGAGAGCAAGGUGCUGGCCGACCUGAAGGAGGAGCGGGAGGUCGUGGAGGAGAUCGAGGCUGUGCUGCAGAAGGCCGAGAGGAUCGAGGAGACGAGGAAGGACGACCGGUUCGAGGGCGACGACGAGAUCACCGCGGAGGUGACCGACAAGAAGGAGGAGGACAUCACGGAGGAGGACGUGACCGCCGAGAUCGAGGACGCGCCUAAGAAGGACAGCCUACGCAAAGGUAGCCAAGAGCUGACGGAGGAGGACGAGUACCUGAUCGUCGAGAAGGAGGAGGUUUACACGGAGGACUCGAUGCAGAGCGGCGAGGGUGAACAGAAGCACAUCCUCGACGAGGCGGAGUCCGAGAAGGCGAAGAUCCUGAAGGACGCCGAGCUGGUCAAGGAGAAGGACGACGAGGAGGAGGAGGAGGAGGAAGAGGAAGAAGAAGAGGAAGAAGAGGAGGAAGAGGAGGAAGAGGAAGAAGAAGAAGAGGAGGAAGAGCUCGAGGAAGACGCCGAGGAAGAAGAGGAGAUCGAGGAGAAAGAAAAGGACGAGAUCGCGGAGAAGAGACGCGAGUCGCUCGAUGCUAAACUGGAGGCGAUCGUCCCCGUAGACAAGGAGAAAAAGGAGCCCCCCUCCCCGCCCUCCGACCGCCGAGAACCCUCUGUCGAAGAAGCGAAAGACGUUGUAUCUCCAGCGACGGACACCGUCCCGAAGGCCGACGAGCGCGACGACUCCGGCAAGAAGGACAGCGAGGACGUGACCAAGGAGCCGUCCAGCCUGAGUCCGGACAAACUGGACUCCUCGGAGAAGAAGACCACAGACACAGACCUAAAACCAGAAGCGGACCAAAAGGAGCAAGUUCCCUCGCAGAAGUUGGAAGAAUCGCAGGAGCGGAUCUCCACGCUGGAGUCCGGCGCCACGACCACCGCGCCGACGCUUCCCGAGGACGAAAGGAUACCUCUGGACGGGAUCAAGGAGGACAUCGACGAGAAGCACAUCGUCGAGGACGUGAAGGAGAAGGAGGCGGUUCCAGCGAAGGCUGUGCCAGACGUUGCCGACAGCGCGAUCGCGACCACCACCGUCACCACGACCGACGCCACGACGACGGCCGCGGUUGCUGCCGCAGCCGCGGUCGGAGCAACCGCAACUCCAGCAGCGGCCGACGUAGCCGCAGCCGUUCCCAGCGCCGUUCCAAGAGCCGUCGCGCCCGCAGCCGCGAAGCCGGACGUGCAGGUGUUCGAGGUGCGCCAGGCCGCGCCGUGCCUGCAGCGCGACAUCGUGAAGACCCCGGACGAGGUCGCUGAUUUACCGGUUCACGAGGAGGUGGACCCGAAACUGUACCGAAUGGACGACUUCGAGAAGGAGAAGGAGGACAAGCCGGCCCCGCAGGAGGUCAAGGAGCCGCCGACGCCGCCGGUCAAAGAACAAAAAGGAGUAUUCAGCUUCUUCGGCAAGGUCGCGGACAAGUUCGAGAAGGGCAUCGACAAGCUGACGAAGAAGUCGCGGAAGGAGCAGGACAAGGACGCCGAGGAUAAGUCCUCGUCGAAGUCCAGCUCGCCGAAGGAGGUCAAGGGGCAGGAGAAGACGCUGCUCGAGGAGGUCGACAUGGAGAAGAUGUUCCCGAAGGUGGUCGGCAAGCCUAGCGAGAAGGUCGAGGAGGCCGAGCCGAAGGUGAGCGACGCGAAGGUGCCAGCUGCGGUCGAGGAACCCGUGGAAGAAGCAGUCAAACGCGUCGAGGAGAAAGCGGAAGCCGAGCCACCGUCGCGACGCGAAUCCGUCGCCCCAGAAAAACCAGACGAGAAAAAAGAGGAGGUAGCUGUUUCGAAGAAACUGGAGGAGGAGAAGAAGAAGAUCGUAGAAAAAGAAGCACCGAAAGAACCGGAAAAAGAAGAAGACAAGAAAGUAGAAAAAGUUGAAGCAAAAGAACCCGCGGCGGUCGUCGAGAAGUUCAUCGAGGCGGAAAAGGCGCAGAUCGCCGUCACCGAAGCCGCGAAGAAGCCCCUGAGGGACUCGUUCGAGUCCCUUGAGGACGAGAUCGCUGCUCUAACGCGAGAAGCACCGCCGGUGAAGGACGCCGUGAAGGACACGCUGGAGGGCGUUGUCGAGAAACUCGAAGAGAUUCAGCCUCAGAUCGCGGAGGCUGCGGCGAAGGAAGCGGACAAGGUUCAGUUCGAGAUCGCGAAGGUCGACGAGGAGCUGGUGCCGGGCUACGACGACGAGGCGGUCGCUGGCGCCGUCAGGGACGUGAAGGAGGCGGUGCGCGACGUCGGCGAGGUCCUCGCGGGCACGGUCGGCAUCGAGAUCGACGAGAAGCCGAAGGACGUGAUCGAGAUCGUGAAGAAGGUCGCGCAGGUUCUGAGGGAGGACGACGACCACUUCCUCUCGGACAAGGUGCUGUUCGGGACGGAGGGCAAGCCGGCCUCGCUGGACAUCAAACCGGAUGACAAGUUCGUGAUCCCGACCAAGGUGGGCAUCACGGAGGAGCUGCCGCCGCAGGAGGAGAUCGCGGAGCUCAUCGAGGAAGCCGUGGCCCCUGCGGCACCCACGGCCGCGCCCACGGCCGCACCCUUACCCGAGAAGCCGCUGGACGCGGCCGAGGUGUGCGAGGAGGAGCCCUGCGUGAAGACGAUCCUGGAAAAGGACGCGAGGGUCGCGUCGCCAGAGGCAGAAACAGCGGCUCGAGACGCGAAAGACAUCUGCGCGGAGCUGAUGGAAGAGAAGCCCGCCGGCCGAGCCAAGAGAGAAGUCGGAACGCCGCGAGAAGCGUCGCCGGAGGCGGACGUGAUGCAGGCUGGAUUGGAGGCCGUGUGCAAGAAGGAGGUGGUCGAGUCGCCGCCCGAGGAGAAGCACGUGCCGGACACGAUCGAGGAGUCCGUGAUCGGGUUCGAGCAGAAGAUCUCGCCGGCCGAGGCGGAGAUCGUGACGAUCUCGCCGGGGUCGACGCCGACGUCGCCGAAGUUCGUCGCGGAGAAGAUCUGCGAGCUGCCGGCCGACAUCAAGCUGAUCGUCGACGACGCGACGCAGCGCCUCGAGGAGAUCAUCGAGCAGCUGGUCACCAGGAGGAGCAAGAUCACGAUCGAGAUCGUCGAGUACAUCACGAUCGUGAAGCGGGUGCCCAGGGAGCGGGUGAUCUACAUCAUCCAGGAGACGAUCGUGAGGAAGGGGCUCCGCCGGGAGGAUGUGGUCAGCAACGCGGAGGUCCUGAACCUCGACGAGGCCACGAUCACGCCGGAACUGCAACGGGAGCUCGAGGACCGCAUCAUCAACGAGUACGUUGCGAAGGGUAAGCGUAUCACAAUCAGAAUCAUCGAGGAGAUCUCGGUGACGAUGAAGAUUCCGAGGACGAUCAUAAUCCGGAUCAUUCAAGAGAUUAUCUUUAAGAAAAAGAUUCAGGUGCCGGUGGACGACGGGCUCUUCGAGGCUGAGACGGUGGGCGCCGAGGAGGAGGAGGAGGAGGCGGAAGCGGUGAUCGCGCCUGCAGUGGCUGAGAAGAAGAAGCCGCCGGCGGAGGCAAAGAAAGCUGAACCAGAGGACAUCGCAGACAUGAAGAAGGAAACACCCGCGCCCAAAGAGCAGCCGAAAGAAGCGAAAUCGCCGGAGAAAGAAGCGGAAGAAGAAGAGGAAGAAGAGGAGGAGGAGGAAGACGGUUUCGUCACCAUCGGCAGGAAACUCUCGAAAGAGACGAUCGAGAAGGAGUCUCCGGAAGCAGCGAAGCAAGCGGCCGACAAGGCGCAGGAGAAGGACGUCACCGACGACUUCGAGGCCGUCGAGCAAGAGUACAAAGUUCGCGACGUCCGCGGCGCUCCCCUCGACUAUCUGAGCGAAGCCAAGGACAAGGAUUACGCCGAGGAGGCCGUGGAGGUCUUCGACAUUAUCGAGGCCGACGAGAAGUUCGUGCACGAGACCAAGGAGAAGCUGGAGAAGAAAGAGGUCGACGAGCCAAAGGUCGCGGAGAAGGACGAGAGGAGAGAGUCGAUGGUGUUCGCCGAUGCGUCGGACGCGGGCGACGUGUCGGAAGCGACCGACACCGUCGAGAAGUACCUGGACGAGGCUAAGGAGAAGCAGGAGCCGAAGGUCGAGCCCGUGGUGCGAUCGCCCGAGAAGCCUGUCGACGAGGAGAAACCCGCGGCGGAGCGGAUCGUCGACGAGAAACCGUCGGAGAAGAUGGAGGUCGAGGUCGUCGAGCAGGUGACGAAGCUGGCGGACGCCACCGGGAGAGCCGCCGAGCCGAAAACUGUGGAACACGAGGAGAAGGAUGACCGGAAGCCGGAGAAAUUGCUAGAAAAAUCGCCGGAAAAGUCGCCGGAAAUAUCUCCGGAGAAAUCGCCAAAAAUAUCGCCAGAAAAAUCCCCGGAAAAAUCACCAAAAAUAUCGCCAGAAAAGUCCCCGGAAAAGUCUCCGGAAAAGUCGCCGAAAAUAUCCCCGGAAAAAUCUCCAGAAAAAUCACCGAUGGCAUCGCCGGACAAAGAGGAAGAAGCUGACAUUUCUCCGGUGAAAGAGAAGGCCGAUGACGAACUCGAUGAAAAAAUAAAGCCUACACCCACACCGACACCGACACCGACAACGACGCCGACGUCGAAGCUCGCCGACGAGGACACUGGAUCCGUCAGACGGAUGCUGGUCACAGCGAGCAGCGAGGACGGCGGCCACGAGACCGAGAUUUGUCCGAGCGGCAGCAUAACGUUCACGAAGACGGUGACGCCGGACGAUUCGUUGAGGGACGCGUCGGUGAAAUCGACGCCCGACAAGGAUUCCCUGCUCUUGGACAAGGACUCGCUUCGCUCGGGAACGAGCAGCCCGGAACGGGACAGUAUCUCGGACAAGUCGGCACCGGGAGCCAAGGACAUCGGCAAGGUCACGCCGGAGGACAGCUUGGACAAGUCGCCGAUAGACGCGCGCGACUCUCAGGACCUCGACGACAGUUUGGAGAAAGUCGUGAAAGCGAAGGAAGCCGCGCCUUCCAUCGAACCGGAAACACCGAAGUCGCCGCCGAAAUCGCCGCCGAAGAGCGAGGAAGUCUCGCCGAAGAUAGAAACCGCCGAACUGGAAUUGAAACUCGACGCGAGAUCCGCGGAGCGUGUCAGCCCGUCGAAGUCGCCGGAAUCGAUCCGCUCGGAGGACGUUUCGCCGGCGGAAACCAUCUUCACGAAAUCGCCGACGGAGAAGAAGAAGAUCGACGAGGCCGUGUCGAAAGCGGAGGAGCCGGAGCCGAUCAUAACCGCGGAGCCGCCUGUGAUGAUUUGCCCCGCGAAACCGGAGAAAGACGACAAACUUGAAGAGGCAGAACCCGAAAAACCUGGCGAGAAGAGCCCCCCGUCGCCGGUUGACAAAGAAAUCGAAGCGGAAGCGAAGGAGAAAGACGUCGGCAAACGCGCGUCCAUGGUCAUAACCAGCGACGAACUCGAGAAGAUCGUCGCCAUGGAGACGGUCGAAGCUGAAGUGAAACCGGCCGAUGCGAAAUCACCGAUCGCCGCAGUCGAUUUAGCCGAGGCCGACGAAAAAUCCGUCAGCGACGCGAAACUCGAGGAGAAGUCUAGAUCGCCGAGCAUCGCGAGCGUGACCAGCGAAUUGAAGGAGCCCGUCGAUCGCUCGAAAUCUCCGAGCGUCGCAAGCGACAAGUCUGAUAAGGACGAAAAGGAUAUCGAUGAGAAGGUACCGGAGAAACCUACGCCACGAGCUAGCAUAACAGGCGAAGUAAUCGGCGCGGAAGAGAAGGAAGAGAAACCAUUGGACAAGUCUAGAUCGCCCUCGAUCGUUGCUGAAAAGCUCGACGAAAAGCCAUUGGACAAAUCCAGAUCGCCGUCGAUCGUUUCCGAGAAGCUCGACGAAAAGCCGCUGGACAAGUCUAGAUCGCCCUCCAUCGUUGCCGAAGAGGCGGAUGAAAAAUUAUUGGACAAAUCUCGAUCGCCUUCCAUCGUAGCUGAAAAGCUCGAGGAAAAGUUACUGGAUAAAUCUCGAUCGCCGUCGAUCGUUUCCGAAAAGCUCGACGAAAAACCACUGGACAAGUCUAGAUCGCCUUCUGUAGUUGCCGAAGAGGCUGAUGAAAGAUUAUUGGACAAAUCUAGAUCGCCUUCCAUCGUUGCUGAAAAGCUCGACGAGAAGCCAUUGGACAAAUCAAGAUCGCCGUCGAUCGUUUCCGAGAAGCCCGACGAGAAACCAUUAGAUAAAUCUAGAUCGCCUUCCAUCGUUGCCGAAGAGGUUGAUGAAAAGCCACUGGACAAGUCUAGAUCGCCUUCCAUCGUUGCUGAAAAGCUCGACGAGAAGCCAUUGGAUAAAUCGAGAUCGCCGUCGAUCGUUUCUGAAAAGCCCGACGAAAAACCGCUGGACAAAUCCAGAUCGCCUUCCAUCGUUGCCGAAGAGCUCGAUGAAAAAGCACUCGAAAAGCCUAGAUCGCCUUCCAUCGUAUCUGAAAAGCCCGAUGAAAAACCAUUAGAUAAAUCCAGAUCGCCUUCCAUCGUAGCCGAAGAGCCAGAUGUAAAAGCAUUGGAAAAAUCUAGAUCGCCUUCCAUCGUUGCUGAAGAGCCCGACGUAAAAGAAUUGGAAAAAUCUAGAUCACCUUCCAUCGUAUCUGAAAAGCCCGACGAAAAAGCACUGGACAAAUCUAGAUCGCCUUCCAUCGUUGCCGAAGAGAUCGGUGAAAAAUUACUGGAUAAAUCUCGAUCGCCCUCGAUCGUUGCUGAAAAGCUCGACGAAAAGCCAUUGGAUAAAUCCAGGUCGCCAUCGAUCGUUUCCGAGAAGCCCGAUGAAAAAGCACUCGAUAAGUCUAGAUCGCCAUCGAUCGUUGCCGAAGAACCCGACGUAAAAGCAUUGGACAAAUCUAGAUCGCCUUCUAUCGUGUCUGAAAAGCUCGACGAAAAGCCAUUGGACAAAUCUAGAUCGCCGUCGAUCGUUUCUGAAAAACCUGAAGAAAAACCACUUGAUAAGUCUAGAUCGCCUUCCAUCGUUGCCGAAGAGGUCGAUGAAAAACCACUAGACAAAUCCAGAUCGCCUUCUAUCGUGUCUGAAAAACCCGAUGAGAAACCACUGGACAAGUCGAGAUCGCCUUCCAUCGUUGCUGAAGAGCUCGAUGAAAAAGCCGUGGAAAAAUCAAGAUCGCCUUCCAUCGUUGCUGAAGAGAUCGUCGAAAAAGUACUGGAGAAAUCUAGAUCGCCUUCCAUCGUAUCCGAGAAACCAGACGAAAAAGCAUUGGACAAAUCUAGAUCGCCCUCCAUCGUUGCUGAAGAGGUCGAUGAAAAGGCAGUGGAAAAAUCUAGAUCGCCUUCCAUCGUGUCUGAAAAGCUCGACGAAAAGCCAUUGGACAAAUCUAGAUCGCCUUCCAUCGUGUCUGAAAAGCUCGACGAAAAGCCAUUGGACAAAUCUAGAUCGCCUUCCAUCGUUGCUGAAGAGCCAGCUGAAAAACCACUGGACAAAUCGAGAUCGCCUUCUAUCGUUGCUGAAGAGCCCGAUGAAAAAGCACUCGAAAAAUCUAGAUCGCCUUCCAUCGUAUCAGAAAAACCCGAUGAAAAACCACUGGACAAGUCGAGAUCGCCUUCCAUCGUUGCUGAAGAGCCCGAUGCAAAAACACUGGAAAAAUCUAGAUCGCCUUCCAUCGUAUCAGAAAAGCCCGAUGAGAAAGAACCAGAAAAAUCUAGAUCACCUUCCAUCGUUGCCGAAGAGCUCGAUGAAAAGGCAGUGGCAAAAUCUAGAUCGCCUUCCAUCGUAUCUGAAAAGCCCGAUGAGAAAGAACCAGAAAAAUCUAGAUCACCUUCCAUCGUUGCCGAAGAGCUCGAUGAAAAGGCAGUGGCAAAAUCUAGAUCGCCUUCCAUCGUAUCUGAAAAGCCCGAAGAGAAACCACUGGACAAAUCUAGAUCGCCUUCCAUCGUUGCUGAAGAGCUCGAUGCAAAACCGCUGGACAAAUCUAGAUCGCCUUCCAUCGUAUCUGAAAAGCCCGAAGAGAAACCACUGGACAAAUCUAGAUCGCCUUCGAUCGUUGCUGAAGAGCCCGGCGAAAAACCAUUGGACAAAUCAAGAUCUCCCAGCAUUGCUGGCGAGAAGGAAAGCUUGGACCAAGAAUUUAUGAAAUCAGAAUCUCCUCCGAAGUCGCCGAGCGCUGUCAGCGAGAAAUCCGAAGCGAAGGACAUCGACGAGGUAAAGGGAGAGAUCGAGAAAUCUAGAUCUCCCAGCGUUUCACGCGAGAAAUCCCCAGCAGAAUCGGUGGACGGAAAAACAAUUUCACCGCAUGAAAAGUCGCCGGCAGAGUCGGUCGAUGGUAAAGCAAAGUCUCCACAUGAAAAAUCACCAGCAGAGUCGGUGGAAGGAAAAGCAAUUUCCCCGCAUGAAAAAUCGCCGGCUGAGUCGGUGGAUGGUAAAGCAAAGUCUCCACAUGAAAAAUCGCCAGCAGCUGUCUCUUAUACACAUCUCGGUAAAGCUGCAAAAUCUCCACGCGAAAAAUCACCAGCCGAAUCGAUCGACGAAAAAGCAAAAUCUCCACGCGAAAAAUCACCAGCCGAAUCGAUCGACGAAAAAGCAAAAUCUCCACGCGAAAAAUCACCAGCCGAAUCGAUCGACGAAAAAGCAAAAUCUCCACGCGAAAAAUCACCAGCCGAAUCGAUCGACGAAAAAGCAAAAUCUCCACGCGAAAAAUCACCAGCCGAAUCGAUCGACGAAAAAGCAAAAUCUCCACGCGAAAAAUCACCAGCCGAAUCGAUCGACGAAAAAGCAAAAUCUCCACGCGAAAAAUCACCAGCCGAAUCGAUCGACGAAAAAGCAAAAUCUCCACGCGAAAAAUCACCAGCCGAAUCGAUCGACGAAAAAGCAAAAUCUCCACGCGAAAAAUCACCAGCCGAAUCGAUCGACGAAAAAGCAAAAUCUCCACGCGAAAAAUCACCAGCCGAAUCGAUCGACGAAAAAGCAAAAUCUCCACGCGAAAAAUCACCAGCCGAAUCGAUCGACGAAAAAGCAAAAUCUCCACGCGAAAAAUCACCAGCCGAAUCGAUCGACGAAAAAGCAAAAUCUCCACGCGAAAAAUCACCAGCCGAAUCGAUCGACGAAAAAGCAAAAUCUCCACGCGAAAAAUCACCAGCCGAAUCGAUCGACGAAAAAGCAAAAUCUCCACGCGAAAAAUCACCAGCCGAAUCGAUCGACGAAAAAGCAAAAUCUCCACGCGAAAAAUCACCAGCCGAAUCGAUCGACGAAAAAGCAAAAUCUCCACGCGAAAAAUCACCAGCCGAAUCGAUCGACGAAAAAGCAAAAUCUCCACGCGAAAAAUCACCAGCCGAAUCGAUCGACGAAAAAGCAAAAUCUCCACGCGAAAAAUCACCAGCCGAAUCGAUCGACGAAAAAGCAAAAUCUCCACGCGAAAAAUCACCAGCCGAAUCGAUCGACGAAAAAGCAAAAUCUCCACGCGAAAAAUCACCAGCCGAAUCGAUCGACGAAAAAGCAAAAUCUCCACGCGAAAAAUCACCAGCCGAAUCGAUCGACGAAAAAGCAAAAUCUCCACGCGAAAAAUCACCAGCCGAAUCGAUCGACGAAAAAGCAAAAUCUCCACGCGAAAAAUCACCAGCCGAAUCGAUCGACGAAAAAGCAAAAUCUCCACGCGAAAAAUCACCAGCCGAAUCGAUCGACGAAAAAGCAAAAUCUCCACGCGAAAAAUCACCAGCCGAAUCGAUCGACGAAAAAGCAAAAUCUCCACGCGAAAAAUCACCAGCCGAAUCGAUCGACGAAAAAGCAAAAUCUCCACGCGAAAAAUCACCAGCCGAAUCGAUCGACGAAAAAGCAAAAUCUCCACGCGAAAAAUCACCAGCCGAAUCGAUCGACGAAAAAGCAAAAUCUCCACGCGAAAAAUCACCAGCCGAAUCGAUCGACGAAAAAGCAAAAUCUCCACGCGAAAAAUCACCAGCCGAAUCGAUCGACGAAAAAGCAAAAUCUCCACGCGAAAAAUCACCAGCCGAAUCGAUCGACGAAAAAGCAAAAUCUCCACGCGAAAAAUCACCAGCCGAAUCGAUCGACGAAAAAGCAAAAUCUCCACGCGAAAAAUCACCAGCCGAAUCGAUCGACGAAAAAGCAAAAUCUCCACGCGAAAAAUCACCAGCCGAAUCGAUCGACGAAAAAGCAAAAUCUCCACGCGAAAAAUCACCAGCCGAAUCGAUCGACGAAAAAGCAAAAUCUCCACGCGAAAAAUCACCAGCCGAAUCGAUCGACGAAAAAGCAAAAUCUCCACGCGAAAAAUCACCAGCCGAAUCGAUCGACGAAAAAGCAAAAUCUCCACGCGAAAAAUCACCAGCCGAAUCGAUCGACGAAAAAGCAAAAUCUCCACGCGAAAAAUCACCAGCCGAAUCGAUCGACGAAAAAGCAAAAUCUCCACGCGAAAAAUCACCAGCCGAAUCGAUCGACGAAAAAGCAAAAUCUCCACGCGAAAAAUCACCAGCCGAAUCGAUCGACGAAAAAGCAAAAUCUCCACGCGAAAAAUCACCAGCCGAAUCGAUCGACGAAAAAGCAAAAUCUCCACGCGAAAAAUCACCAGCCGAAUCGAUCGACGAAAAAGCAAAAUCUCCACGCGAAAAAUCACCAGCCGAAUCGAUGGACGAAAAAGCAGUAUCUCCACAUGAAAAAUCGCCAGCAGAGUCGGUGGAAGGAAAAGCAAUUUCCCCAAAAGAAAAAUCACCGGCAGAAUCGGUGGACGGUAAAGCUGUAUCUCCACGCGAAAAAUCGCCGGCAGAAUCAAUCGACGAUAAAGCAAAAUCUCCACACGAAAAAUCGCCAGCAGAAUCAAUCGACGAAAAAGCAAAACCUCCACGCGAAAAAUCACCAGCCGAAUCGAUGGACGAAAAAGCAGUAUCUCAACGCGAAAAAUCGCCAGCAGAAUCGAUCGACGAUAAAGCAAAAUCUCCACACGAAAAAUCGCCAGCCGAACCAGUAGACGAAAAGACAAAAUCACCGGCAGAGUCGAUGGACCGCUCGGAAUCGAUCAGCAUCGUGAGCGACAAGACCGACUCGAAGGACACAAAAGACGAAGCCGCAAAAUCAAGAUCGGCGAGUAUCGCGAGCGCGGUCGAAGAGCCGAAACCGGAGAUCGACGGCUCGAAAUCGCCGAUCGUUGCCAGCGAGAAAACCGAGCCAAAGGACACAGUGAAAUCCGCGAUCGACAAAGUCGUCUCGCUCGACGCGUCUCCCGGCGCGGAGAAACUGGUCUCGGAGGUCGUCGAGAAGGCGAUCGACGAGAAGGAGCAUCGCAAGUCCCCGUCGCCGACGAGCCCCGUGUCGAAGGAACCACCAAAAGACAGCCGAUCGCCGAGCAUCGUCGAAAAACUCGCGAAGGAGACCGAAGCGUUCGAAGGCGCGCCGGAGAAAUCCCGAUCGCCGAGCCUCGCCAGCGUUUCCGGAGCGGAGUUAAAAGAGCCUAGCGACCGAUCGCCGAGCAUCGCGAAGUCCGUGUCACCGAGUCUGACCUCGGAGAAGCCGGACAUGGCGGACGUGGAGGACAAAGUCUCGGAGAAGUCUCGAUCGCCGAGCAUAGCCAGCGAAGCAGUCGAAUCCAAGACAGCAAGCGAUCGCUCGAAGACGCCGAGCGUGGCCGGAGAGGCUACAGAAUCGAAGGACCUCGAAGACGCCGAGGACUCGAAGACCCCUGGAGAACCGGUCGCGAAGACUGAGACGAGCAAGACACCCGACAAAUCCAGAUCAGCGAGCGUAGCCAGCGUCGUCGCUGAACCGAAGGAAUCGGCGGAGAGAUCGAAGUCGCCGAGCAUCGGCAGCGAGAAGUCCGACUUGAAGGACUUCGAGGAGGCCUUGACCGAAAGAGCCGCGUCUCCUUCGGCAGCUGAGAAGCCAAGCGAAGCGGACGGAUCAUCGGACAAGCUCGGAUCGCCUGCGAGCCCGAUCGAGGACUCCGCAGGAUUGGCGGACCGUUCGAAGUCAUCCAGCACUGCCAGCGAGAAAGCGGACUCGAAGGGGAUCGAGGAGAAGCUGCAGGACAUUUCAAGGUCGACCAGCGUCGGCAGCGUGGCCGGCGAGCCGAAGAAGCCCGAAUCGAAGUCGCCGAGCGUCGAGAAAUCAGAAUCGAAGGAGGCCGUCGAUAGAACCGACGUGUCCAGGUCGGGCAGCGUCGCGAGCAUCGCCGCUGAAGAAAUCACGGAUCGAAAGUCCGCGUCUCCCGAGAAACCAGACGCGACAGAUACCGCGGAGAAAACAAUAGACAAGUCUAGAUCGCCCAGCGUAGCGAGUCCCGUCGAUCAUCGAUCGAAGUCACCGAGCCCUGUCGUCAGCGAGAAGGCAGAAUCCACGGACGAGAAAGAACCUGCGAAGUCGAGAUCGGCGAGCGUCGCGAGCAUCGCCGUCGAAGCGAAGGAGCCAGCGGAUCGUUCGAAAUCACCGAGCGUCGAGAAAAGUCUCUCCGACGCGAAAGACCUUGAGGAACCGGCGGCAAAGGUCGAAGAGCAGGCGAAGCCGACCGAGAAGUCUAGAUCGCCGAGCAUAGCGAGUCCAGGCGAGGCGCCAGUUUUGCCGGAGCAGCGCUCGAAAUCGCCCAGCCCAUCCGUCAGCGACAAAAGCGAGGCAAAAGCAGCGGACGAGAAGGCAGCUGUUGCUGAUAAAUCAAGAUCCGCCAGCAUAGUCAGCGUCGCCAGCGUAGCGAGCGCCCUGGGUGCCCCGGUUGAAGCGAAGGAGCCGAGCGAUCGCUCGAAAUCGCCGAGCAUUGCCGACAAACACGAAGCCGAGGACGCAGCGAUCGAGAAGUCCAGAUCGCCCAGCACGACCACCGAGAAGCCCGACCUAGCAGACUUCGAGGACAAGCAGGCGGACAAGUCGAGGUCGCCGAGCGAGCCGAAGGAGUCGGCAGAUCGUUCGAAAUCGCCGAGCGUGGCCAGCGAGAAGCCUGGCUCCGAGAAGUCCAGGUCCCCCAGCAUCGCCGGUGACAAGACCGCGUCUGACCUUGACACUGGAGCGAGCCCCGACGACGACUCUGCGGUGAUGGCGGACCGUUCCAAGUCGCCCAGCAUCGCCAGCGAGAAAGCAGACUCGAAGGCAGCGGAGGAGAAGCUGUCGGAGAAGUCCAGGUCGCCUAGCAUAACCAGUUCCGAGAAAGUCGACUCGAAGGCAGCCGAGGAGAAGCUGUCGGACAAGCUGGAGAAGUCCAGGUCGCCGAGCAUAGCGAGCCCCGAGUCGACGGACCGCCGAUCAAAGUCGCCCAGCACUGCCAGCGAAAAGGAGGAGACGAAGGAGGCCGACGAGAAGCUGGAGAAAUCAAGGUCGCCGAGCGUCGCUAGCAUUUCCGGAGUGUCCGCGGUGUCCGAGCCGAAGGAACCGAGGUCACCGAGCGCCGUCAGCGACAAGUCCGACGCGAAAGACCUUGAACUCGCGGCCGAGAAGACGACUAGGUCGCCCAGCAUCGCCAGCGAGAAGCUCCCGGCGGACGAGAAGACCGAACCACUUGGUCCAGGCGACGCAGAAGUUGCGAAGGACAAGUCGAGGUCUCCCAGCUUAGCUCCGGAUAAACCGGAGGCGAAGGCCGAGGCUAAAUCGCCGAGUUCAAUUACAGAUUCGAGAGCACCCAGCGAGAAGGCACCCAGUGACGCGAGCUCGGAGGGCCGCGAUCGCUCACCCGAAGAGUCCGUCAAGUCCGCGAGACCGUCGGACGACGAUAAAACACCAGACAAAGACAAAGGUAAACCGGAGGACAAACACUCUGAAGACACAUCCAGCGGCGCGCGGAAACGCAGGAGCGUCGGCGAGGAAGAGACACCGGAAGAAGCCGCCUCCAAGAAGGAGGACUCGCCGAAGAUCGACGCCGAUUCGAUGAAACUGAUCGAGAAGGAGCUGCAGAUCGUCUACGACCUGGAAAAGGAAUCUCCCACCGGCGCUGCGGGUAAGAAGAUCGAGAAGCCGGCGGACGAGCGCGAGGAGGACAUCGUGAAGGUAACGAUGCAGAAGAAACGGGAGAUCGAGCAGUACUUGCUGGAGAAGUACGUGUGGAUGAACCGAAAGAUCACGAAGUCGGUGGUGGAGACGAUCGUGAUGACGUACUCGGUGCCGCAGUUCGUCGUCAUGGACAUCAUCGAGAUGAUCAUCGCGCAGGAGAAGAUGAGCAGGGAGAGCGUGGUGGACUUCGACGAGAAAACCGCGGAGAAGAAGGAGGAAACCGGCAAGGUCGUCGAGGACGCGGCAUCGGCGAUGGGCCUGGACCUUCGUCGCGAGGAUCGCAAGGACGCCGGCUCGAGAUCUCCCAGCGUGGCUUCGGACAAGCUGGAGACGAGCGAAGGCGAGGCUGAAAAGGAGACCAAAACUAAAUCGCCGGACGCUAAGACGCCUAAAGAUGAAGCUAGCAGGUCCAGAGCCGCGAGCACUUACGAACAGGAGUUGUCUGUUACAGCGAAGCAGGUCGUCGAGAAGCAGACGGAGGCAGAGGAGGCGAAACUAAGGGAGAAGAGUACAGAAAAAGACUCAACAGGCGUCGAAGCCGUGAAACGCGACAGCAUCGUCGAGGAAGCGCUCGAGUUCAAGAAGGAAGAUUCGCCGAAAGCAGACGCGGCUGUUGCAAAGUCGAAGGAGCUGCGGACCGUCGACGACCUUGAGAAGAGACCGUCCGCCGUUCCCAUGGGUAAAACGAUCGGGAAGCCGGCGGAGCACGAAGAGUACAAGGGAAUGACGAUCCAGAAGAGACAAGACAUCGAGCAAUAUUUGCUUCAGAAUUACAUAUGGGUGCACCGGAAGAUCACGAGGUCGGUGGUCGAGUGGGUCGUCGAGACGUACUCGGUGCCACGGUCGGUCGUGAUAGACAUGAUAGACGGGAUCAUCGUUCAGUGGAACGAGAAGAGAGAUUCCGUGCUUGACCUCGACGCGGAACCGGAGGAAAAGGCUAUCAAGAUCGCCCAGGACGCGAUAUCGGCGAUCUUCGAUCGACUGGAUCUUUGUCGCGAUCAGGACACAGCAUCGAGAUCGCCCAGCGUGGCUUCGGACAAAGCGGAGGCAAUCGAUGCUGGAAAGGUGGUCGAAGCUAAAUCGCCGAGUCCCGACUCGAAGGCUUCGCCGAAAGACGAAGCAGCCAGAUCCAGAGCCCCGAGCACAUACGAACAAGAAUUAUCUGCCACAGCGAAGCGAGUCAUCGACGAGCAAAUGGAGAAAGACAAAGGUAAAUCGGAGGAGAAAGACUCCGAAGACGUAUCCACCGACGCGCGGGAACGCAGGAGCCUCGGUGACGAAGAGGCGCCCGAAUUCAAGAAGGAAGACUCGCCGAAGAUCGAGGCCGCCUCGAUGAAGCUGAUCGAGAAGGAGCUACAGAUCGUCCACGACUUAGAGAAGGAGUCAUCCAUCACGCCGGCGGACAAAACGGUGGAGCAACAAGCGGCCAGCCUCGAGGAGGACCUGGUGAAAGUAACGAUGCAGAAGAAACGGGACAUCGAGCAGUACUUGCUGGAGAAGUACGUGUGGAUGAACCGGAAGAUCACGAAGUCGGUGAUAGAGACGAUCGUGAUGACGUACUCGGUGCCGCAGUUCGUGGUGAUGGACAUCAUAGAGCUGAUCAUCGCGCAGGAGAACAUGAGCAGAGAUUCGGUGAUGGACCUUGACAAAGAACCAGCGGCAAAGAAAGAGGACGCUGGGAAGAUCGGCGAGGAAGCGGCUCCGUCGACGGGCCUGGAAGCAGAGACAACCGUCGGCGACGUCGCGAAGGAGGCCAAAGCUAAAUCGCCUUCGCCUAAAGACGAAGCAGCCAGAUCCAGAGCCGCGAGCACUUACGAACAGGAAUUGUCUGUUACAGCGAAGCAGGUGAUCGAGAAGCAACUGGCGGAGGACAAAGAGAAGAAAGACGAAUCCAAGAAAGAGGUUUCGCCAAAAACCGACACAGUUUCCGCAAAAUCGCCGGAGUCGAAGACCGCCGAUGACCUUGAGAAGGAAUCGACCAUCAAAAAGAGCGAGAAGCCGGCGGACAAAGACGACGGAGACCUCUCUAAAGUGGCGCUGCAGAAGAAAGAGGACGUCGAGCAGUAUCUGCUGCAGAACCACGUGUGGAUGCACCGGAAGAUCACGAAGUCGGUGAUACAGCGAGUCGUUGAAACGUACUCGGUGUCGCAGCUGGUCGUGAUGGACAUCAUAGACAGGAUCAUCGUCCAGUGGAACGUGAGCAGAGACUCUGUGCUGGACCUGGACGAGAAGAAGGAAGAAGUGGACAAGAUCGACGAGGACGCGACGCCGUCGAUGGCCUUGGACCUGCACCCCGGCGACCAAAAGGACGCCGGCUCGCGAAGCCUGAGCGUGUGCUCCGACUUGAUCGCGUCCGACAAGUCCACCCAAGACAGCCCGGUCCGUUCCGAGCCGCACAUCGACGAGGAGAUCACGAUCUCGGAGGAGAAGCGCAUCGAGAUCGAGAAGCUGCUCGAGGAGGAGUUCAUCCGCAGAGCGAAGAAGAUCACGGAGGAGAUACUGUACGAGAUCAUGCGGAAGACGGGGCUGCCCCGUUACAUCAUCCUGGAGAUCAUCGAGGAGACGAUCGUGAAGAGGAAGCUGUCGCGGGACACGGUGAUCGACGCGGAGAUCUACAACGACGAGGACGUCGAGCCGGACGCGAUGUACGAGAAGGAGGACUUCGGCGACAAGUCGCCGUCGCGAUACGAGCUCGCCAGCGACGCCGCCAAGUCGAGCUACUCCGUCGGCUUCGAGGGGUCCGAAUACCCUGAGUCGCAAGAAGGCCAGCAGAUGAGGACCUCGAUCUCCGACUAUCCGGUGAACUACGAGAGCCAGUUCCACAAGGCGUUCGUCGGCGGCAUGACGGAGAUCCGCACCACCCACAUCACGACCCUGUCCGGGAAGUCCACGCCGGACAUCACUCGCGACGGGACACCGGACUCGACCUCCGAGCCCACGGCCUCCACCGUCGAAAGGGUGGACGAGAAGAUGGCAGGCAAGCCGGCCGAGAGGGUAUCUCCCGACAAGGUGUCCUCGGUAGUCCUCUCAUCCGCUAGCUCGGAGACGGUCGGCACCUUGAAGGAGAGCAAGAUCGAGGAGUCGAAGAGCAGCGUGGAGAAGCGAACCGAAAAGAUCGUAGUCACCGGCGCAGCGAAGGACGGGGAGCAGAGCACCGGCGAGGAGCGGUUCGUGACGAUCAAGAAGAUCGUGACGCGUGAGAUAUUCGAGGAGGACGAGCCCGAGGUGAUCAGAGAAGUAAUCGUGAGGCGCGAGGUUUCAGGGUCGGAGGAGCCGGAGACCGUGCAGAGGAUCGUGAAGCGGGAGAUCGUUCAGCAAGAGGAGGAGGAAGAGCCGAUGGUGAUCACGAAGGUGAUCAAGCGGGAGAUCGUCCAGCAAGAGGAGGAGGAGGAGCCGAUGGUAAUCACGAAGGUGAUCAAGCGGGAGAUCGUCCAGCAAGAGGAGGAGGAGGAGGAGGAGCCGAUGGUGAUCACGAAGGUGAUCAAGCGGGAGAUCAUCGUCUCGGAGGACGAGAUGGAGGACGCUGAGCACCUGGAGAGGCUGAAGAAGAUCGUGGCCGACGGGGGGAUACCGGAGGUGGUGGAGACGGUGACGACCAAGACGAAGACGAUCGUGGUCACCGAGGAAGCGGACAGCAAAGACGUCAAGGAGAAACCCGUCGCCGAGAAGAGUCCGAAAGGCAAAGGCUCGGAGACGGCGGAGCGCAGCGACAGCUCCAAGGAGGAGGCGGAGGAGGCGACCGGUGCGAGCAUCAAGUCGGACGAUUACCUGACCGCCGAAGAGGGCACCCCGGACGCGAAACAUGUGGCGGAACCGAAACAGACGGAGCAAAAGGAAGCUACCAGCACUGCGACAGCCAGCUCGGCCAGCACCGCGACGGUCGCCGGUGUUACCAGCGGCGCGGGUGCGGCUGUUCAAGCUCACUUGUCCUCGGGCAGGUCGACGCCGGACAGCAGAAUCGUGCGAACGAUCAUCACGACCACGCAGACCGUGUCGGACGACGGGGAGAUCGUGACGACGACCAGGGAGGUCACCGAGACUAGCAACGAGAAGGGCGAGAUGGUGAUCCUGAAGGAGAAGGUCGACGUGAAAGUGGACGAGUACCUGCCUAGCAAGGACGCGGCGGAGUCGGCGAUCAGCAGCGUGAUCGGCGGCCUGAAGUCGUCCGACUCGAGCAAGGCCAGCCCGAAGAAGCAGAGUUACUCCGGCGAGGACAGCGAGGCCGACGACGGCGGAUCCAGCUCCUCGUUGACGGCGGAUUCGGAGCGCGGGAAACGCGCGCCGGAUCCGAGGGCCUCGUCGGUCGAGUUCUCGGCGGCCGCGAUGAGCANGCAAGAGGAGGAGGAGGAGCCGAUGGUAAUCACGAAGGUGAUCAAGCGGGAGAUCGUCCAGCAAGAGGAGGAGGAGGAGCCGAUGGUAAUCACGAAGGUGAUCAAGCGGGAGAUCGUCCAGCAAGAGGAGGAGGAGGAGCCGAUGGUAAUCACGAAGGUGAUCAAGCGGGAGAUCGUCCAGCAAGAGGAGGAGGAGGAGGAGGAGCCGAUGGUGAUCACGAAGGUGAUCAAGCGGGAGAUCAUCGUCUCGGAGGACGAGAUGGAGGACGCUGAGCACCUGGAGAGGCUGAAGAAGAUCGUGGCCGACGGGGGGAUACCGGAGGUGGUGGAGACGGUGACGACCAAGACGAAGACGAUCGUGGUCACCGAGGAAGCGGACAGCAAAGACGUCAAGGAGAAACCCGUCGCCGAGAAGAGUCCGAAAGGCAAAGGCUCGGAGACGGCGGAGCGCAGCGACAGCUCCAAGGAGGAGGCGGAGGAGGCGACCGGUGCGAGCAUCAAGUCGGACGAUUACCUGACCGCCGAAGAGGGCACCCCGGACGCGAAACAUGUGGCGGAACCGAAACAGACGGAGCAAAAGGAAGCUACCAGCACUGCGACAGCCAGCUCGGCCAGCACCGCGACGGUCGCCGGUGUUACCAGCGGCGCGGGUGCGGCUGUUCAAGCUCACUUGUCCUCGGGCAGGUCGACGCCGGACAGCAGAAUCGUGCGAACGAUCAUCACGACCACGCAGACCGUGUCGGACGACGGGGAGAUCGUGACGACGACCAGGGAGGUCACCGAGACUAGCAACGAGAAGGGCGAGAUGGUGAUCCUGAAGGAGAAGGUCGACGUGAAAGUGGACGAGUACCUGCCUAGCAAGGACGCGGCGGAGUCGGCGAUCAGCAGCGUGAUCGGCGGCCUGAAGUCGUCCGACUCGAGCAAGGCCAGCCCGAAGAAGCAGAGUUACUCCGGCGAGGACAGCGAGGCCGACGACGGCGGAUCCAGCUCCUCGUUGACGGCGGAUUCGGAGCGCGGGAAACGCGCGCCGGAUCCGAGGGCCUCGUCGGUCGAGUUCUCGGCGGCCGCGAUGAGCAGCAGCUUCUACGGCGAGCUGCCCGCGGUCCCGUCCCAGAUCAGCGCCAUGAAGACAUUCCAGGAGGACGUUAGCGGUAUACGGAAAACUAGCGGCCCCAUUCCGAUCCCGGGCGACCCGGCGUCCAAGGUGUUCACCGUCGAGAAGGAGUACGUCGCCGGCUACGGGGAGAAGCCGGACGCGAAGAAGUACGUCGACGAGGCGGACCUCGACUUCGAGAAGGCCCUGAUGGAGUCGAAGGAGUCCCUCGGCAGGGAGAUAUCGCCCGGAUUGUUCGCCGACGGCGUACGCCGCGACGGCUCGGAGAGGUCCGAAGGGACCGAGGACGGCGAGCCGAGACCGCGCAGCGAACCCGGAAGCGGAACCAGAGCGGACUCGAAGAAGAAGGACCCGCUGGACGGCUGGGGAAGUCCCUUGGGCCUCCCGUCGCCGAAGCCGCCGCACAAGUUCAACCUGACCACCACGGCAACCACGCAGUCCGGACACUCGGCUGAACCGAUCACGGAGCUGAGGCACCGGUUCGAUGCCGUCAACAACUGGGGCGAACCCCUGAGCCUGCCCUCGCCCGCGCUGGUCCCCGUCGGCGCCAACGAGCUGUCGAACAAAGGCGCACCGAGCACCCCGAGGAAGGAGAAAAAGCAGGCCCGGAAGGUGAUGUCCGAGAACCUGAAGAACAAACGUCGCUCGGAGAGUCCCGGUAAGAACGAGAAGAAGAUCAAGGACUCGAAGAACAAGGUGCAGCCGGUCUACGUGGACCUGACCUACGUGCCUCAUCAUGGGAACUCUUAUUACACUUCGUUGGACUUCUUCAAGAGAGUACGCGCGAGAUACUACGUGUUCAGCGGCACCGAGCCGAGCCGCGAGGUCUACGACGCGCUGCUGGAAGCUAAGAAGACCUGGGAGGACAAGGAUCUUGAAGUGACCAUAAUACCCACCUACGACACCGACACUCUGGGCUACUGGGUGGCCGACAACGAGGAAGCCCUCGCUGCGAAUCGCAUCGAUCUCUCGCCGUCGGCGUCCCGCUGCACCAUCAAUCUCCAGGACCAUGAAACUAGCUGCAGUGCCUACAGACUCGAAUUCUAGGGAUUGGCAGCAUGCUCAGCCGUGAUAGUCGAGUUCUGAGCGGUGUCCAGAAUGCAACACCACCAUCCUUUGAUUUCUGGGCUCGUUUCCAUACAACAAUAGAGUCGACGCGGAGUAACACACACACUCACACAGAGACACCAAUCAUCUCGCCAACCACCACCGUCACCACCAACAUUUACCGUCCCUAGCAGUCCGGGUUAGUCGACGACUAUCAUCAGGACAUUGAUGAUCGUUGAGCCGAGGCCACACAUUCACGCACGAUCUCGAUUUUUCUUUUCUCUUUCCUUCGUUUCACGCUCUCUUCUCUCUCUCUCUCUCUCUUUCUCUCUCGAUUCGACCGAAAAGAAAAAAAACAGAUCAAAAGGGUCACAGACCGAAGAACGAAGCUCGUGUCGGCUCGUAACUAUUAUCGUUUCGCCAAUGAUUCCUGAGUUCUCGCUAUUUCUGAGUUUUGUUCGCGACUGGUCGACGGAAGCAAACGGAAGAAAAGAAUCGAGUCGAAAGACGGGAAAACAGACGAUUAUGGAAGGAGGAGGAGGAGGAGGAGGGGAAUGAAGGAAAGAAGAAGAAAAGAAGCGAAUAGAGAGGAGAACAAUGAAACAGAGAAAAUGUUGGACGAGACGCUUGGUUGCCGUGAUCUCUCUCUCACUAAGUAAACAAAAGAGCACACGAGACAAAGAACACACAGAAGAAACUAGAAAACAGAAAGCAGGAGAAACGGAACACACGCGUAAAACCGUGGGGAAUGACGAAACUCACCGAAAGUUAGCUUGCUGCCUUUGAAUAGAGCGAAACGAAGUACGCGAUAAUAUCCAUCCAAUGGACGAGGUCCGUCGGUCGUUUUAUUGGAAGAGAGAACACGUUCGCGGUUCGAUCGGAGGAACCGCGCGGCGUCGUCGCAGAUCGACGGACGCGCGAAAGGGUUGAGAUCCAGCUGCUGCGGCACCACAGUCCGCUCCCUUCGAACUGUCGCCGGUCCGUUUGUAGAUAUUUUUUAGGGGUAAAGAAGUACGAUUGAUUCGCAGCACACGAGACACCUACCGAGUACCUAUCCCAGGACGAGGAACGUAUUUCAACGGUUGUUUGAAACGCGCACUUGACACGGUCGAACCUGAAGAGGGUACGCGCGGCGCUUGCACGCGACCAUCCCGAGAAUACUAACUUGCGAGAGGUUUGUCGCCUACGCUUUGUUCGCGGCGGUACGUCCGUCGGAGGAGAUCUCAUGAAACUCGUAGGCUCCGAUACUUCGAACGAAUGGGAAGAAAACAAACAUUAAAUACUCGAUUCACUGCUUUUAUCGCGUCAGAGUCUCUAGUCUAUCCUAUUAAAGAGAGAAGAAGGGUGGUCCUUUGCUCGGUCUCGGCGAGCAGAGAUUUACGGUCGGGCUGAUCUUCGAAUUCUACGUCUGCUACUUCUACUUCUUCUUCUUAUUAUCCUUGAUUGAACGCGUGUUUCCUCGUUGCGAGACUAUUUUCAGGGCGACGAGGAAACACGCGGCGUUCUCUAGUCGAACAGGAAACCGUGGCGCCGCUUUCGUUCGAACGGUAACGACGACGACCGAUCAGGAUGGGGAAUGAAAACGGCGGCGUACCAUUGCUUCGACGAUUAUUCUGAAAUGAUGAUGACGAUGAUGAUGAUGAUGAUGAUGAUGAUGAUGAUGAUGAUUAUUGGUACGACGACCAUGACGAUCGCGACGAUAUUGAUAAUAACAAUGACGACGACGACGACGACCAUGCUGAUGACGAUGAUGAUCGAUGACGACGAUGUUAGCUCUAGGUUGGCGACUUAAUAUUCCCGCGUCUAUCUUCGACGAAGUAUCCAAAUUGGAACGCAGAUCUACUUAUACGUAAAUGUAUAGACCACUUGCAUACAUACGUACACACACGUGCGUGCAUUACGUGCGUGCAUACAUACAUACAUACAUACAUAGAUACAUACAUACGUGCAUACAAAAGAUAUAUACGUGCAUAUAUACAUAAAUACGUGCACAGAUACGUGCACACGUGUACACAGACACAACGACAGAAACGUCGUGACGGACAACAGAACACGUUUCCCAUUGUUUUCGGUGUAAUUAAUGGUAAUUGUAGCAAUUAUAAUUAAAUACAUACGGUGGAGAAAUGUGCGAGAUAACCAAGAGAGAAAUUCCGUGCACGCAUAUUGCGUUGCGCACGAGGAGGAAAUCGAAUUAAACGACCCGGAGGCGACCCGCAACCAAGAGUAGUAGAAGGAACGGCAAUAAGAAAAAAGAAAAAGGAAAAGAAAUCUUCCGUACGAAUAAUUAAGCUGUUCGCCAGGCUCGAAGCUUUUUCGAAUACAGCGCGACCGUUUCAUUUUUCGAAACGCUGAUCUUACAAAGCUGAUCUCGAGCUGAGAACCAAAAAAAAAAUAAAGAAAUGGGGGCUGUAACGAGGAGCACCACCGCUUUCACCGCUAGUUUUCUUGUUGAUCGACGCUCCCGCGUGCCACCGAUUAUAUCAUUACGGUUAAUUAUCGCUGUGUUAAGCAACAUCAGCCAUUCACGCGACACGUCGAUAAUAUUGUAACACAACAUUUAUCAGCAUCGUUGCCAUGACCGUCGCGUCGUUCACCGCGUUGAAUAUCGUCAUUGUUAAAAUCGUUGUUACCAUUUUUCUCUAUUUCGUUCAUGGGUCCAGUUCGUUCGCGAUCGAUGAAAACUGCUGAUUAACCCCGUUGUUUCCGUUUGGCAUUUACCCCAUCAUCGUAGACGAUAAGAGACACCGUCGUUCCUUAAUUGUACCAUCGCUGUUAUCGCGUUGCGUGUCAUUCUCUCGGUAGAACCGUGUUUUUCGUCAUUGUCAGCAUUAUCGCAUUGUUGUCAUUGUCAUCGUUGCCGUCGUCGUCGUUGUUGUCCCGUUCGCGAUCGCGGAUUAAAAUGAUCCCUUUGUGCCCCCCGCCCACCCCUUUUACCUGCCCCACCGCAAAGGACAAAGUUAGGAGCAUAAAUGUAUGACGACGAUAAAGCAUGUACCUAUGUAUUUAUGUAUUAUUUAUUAACAAGUAAUAAAGACCAGCUAUUUAGGUAGGAUGUUAAAAUUAUGAAAUUGAAUUUAACAGAAAUAAAGAAAACUAAUUAAAUGAAAA